AUGUCGUCUGCUAAGCUGAACUGGACGCUGCCACUGAGCGUCACUUAUCUCAGCGAAACCUCAGCGGAAAAGGCUAUGCGACGUUGCGGAGACCGAAAUGGCGGGCGUCGCUCAGGAAAGAAGGCAAAGCAGCGCGGCACGUGGGGCGCGCGAAGGGCCAUGAAUAUGCAUGCCGCCGCUUGUCUCGACUUUCGAUCCGCACAAUGGCCGCCUCGCCACCGCACCAGAGCCCAUAACUCUCCGCGAACGGCAGGUGGGACGGACCGAGCGGCGCCGGCUUAUCGCUCAACUGGCUGCGAAGGGAACGCGCUCGGAUUUAUUGGGUCCAGCGAGGACCCGGCCCAGAACAAAGGCUACAAU